GUAGUGGAUGAGUGAAGUUCGUAUGAAUUGCAAAUGUAUGAUCAAUGUGUUUCAAGGUGUUGUUGGAAGAGGUUGGCUGGCAGUUUAUUAAGAGAACACACAGUCAGUGUGCAAUGCAGCAAUGACGUCAAUGUGCUACUUGUCAAUAAUGGCUGGAAAUGUCAUUGUGGCCUUUGUUGGUAGCGUGACCACUGACCACUUACCACUGACCAGUAUCCACGACCUUCGAAAGGAGCUUGCCAGGCACACUACUACAAGUUCCACAAGAAUAUCGGGAUCUGCCGACGGAGCCUCAUUGAACAUAUAUAUUUUCUGGAAAUCAUGUUCUUGCGCCGGCUAUGCUAACCUGUCAAACACUGGGGGUGUAAAGGGCGUCAUCUUAGGCGUAUCGUUGAGAAUCUUUGACAGGCGUUUCCCUCUCAGAUGUGUAUCGAGGACUGUCGGACGGUCUCAUGUCGCCCGAUACCGUUACUGUUGGUUGUUACGCUAUCCUGUUCGGAAAGUACGCUCCCAUCAAUAUUGCAGGUGAGAUCUACUGUCCUGCUGUUGGGUCCUGAGUAAGUACGCCCGUUGGCAAAAGUGCCUGAUCCUUCCUUUUCCUGGGGGGAGGGGGUUUUUUUGAACAACCAUGAGUGCACAUGUCCCUCUAGAACUUCCGACGCCCACCACUUCGCUCGACGUGAAGGGUUUACAUGUCUCAAGGUGACUGCCGAUUCAUCUUCAAACGGCCAUACCCCGUGGAGAGGCUGAACAGCAUCGGCACCUAACACUCUUUUCGCAAAGGCUUUCCGAGGACUGACACCCCGC